AUGCCAGCCCUUCGUCCUGAGCCGCAAUUCAAGAACAGACCCUAUUUGAAGAUGAGAAUCCCCAGCUUUCGACACAAGGACAAGCAAGAUUCUGUCACCGAGAAGCCCGUAGAUGCGACAUCACCCACGGUCGCUAGCGUCGACGACGCCGCCGCUGCCGCGGACGACGGUCACAAUUCCAUCUCGCUCAAGAUUCACAAUCGCACAUCCACCGAAUUCCUCACACUCUCGGUCUUCGGAGCGCUUCACACAGGCAAUGGUGUAACACAACGGGUCGCAUCUUCCAGCCUGCCCACCUCUCCUGUGCUCGGUGGUAGCGAGGGAGGCUUUGGCGCGACAUCUGCGGCCGGUGUGGGAGCCGGUGUGUUCAGUGUGAGAAACACACCUGUUCGCGUUCCAGCAGGUCAAAGGGUCGAUGUGCCGGCAGUUCGAAUCCAAGCAUUCACGGCGGCUGCAACGGGUGGCUACACUGUCUCGUUGACGCUCAAUCCGAGAUCGAGUCUUGCUGGUGUAGGUGGAUACAGUGCUACCUUGUCUGCUCCUGCACCAGCACUCGUUCAGACCGAGGCCGCUCAAGCGGCAAGACGAUUGUGGAAGCCUCUGCCUCUCACACCUACACCCAUUCCCGUAUCGAAGAAAUCACCAAAGCUCGGCAUACAGUCAUCCACCACACCAUCCGCUCCGACUGUCAUCGCUCUCGAGUCUACCGACAUCGCCACCAACACCCUCCACAUCCUUCUCCUGCCCCAACGAGACCUCAACACCUGGAUGACCUCCCUCCCCUCCACCGACCCGAUCUCCUCCUUCUGCAUCCCCGGCACCCACGAAUCAUGCGCUCUGUACGGCUGGCCCAUCUCCGCAUGUCAAGAGACCACCUCGUCGAUCUCUGUUCAGCUCUCCCGCGGUAUCCGUUUCCUCGACGUUCGACUCGCGCUCAAAGGAACACCGGGGAAUCAGCUGCUGUACGCCUACCACGGCGUGACGGAUCAAAAGAUCGAAUUCUCCGCCAUUCUCUCGCAAGUGUACUCCUUCCUGACAACGAAUCCGGGCGAGACGGUCUUGAUGUCUGUCAAACAGGAGAACAACAUGGCCGGAUUCCUCGACACCGUGUUCGGGUACAUCAACAAGAAUCCGAAUCAGUGGUGGCUGGGAACCGGUAUGCCGAAGUUGGCCGAUGUCAGGGGGAAGAUCUUGCUCAUCUCGAGAUUCGGUAGCUCGGACUCUCAACCGGGUGGAAUCCACCCUCCCAUCUGGCCGGAUUCUUCACCCACCCCUUUCCAGUACAACCUCCCCGAUAACACCUCGGUCUACACGCAGGAUUGGUACAACAUCUCCUCGCUCUCGGCGAUACCCCAGAAGAUGUCGCUCGUGACUUCGCUGCUAACCCAGUGCGGAAACGAUCCAAAUGUUUUGGGGUUGAACUUUACGAAUGGUUCCAGCUUCCCUUUUGCGUUGCCUCCGUGGGUGGCGAAGGGUACGGGUGAUCAGAGCAAAGCAGCCAACGGCGGUGGUUGGUUGCAGAAUGUAGGGGUGAAUGCGCUGUUGGUGGAUCUGGUGGCGACGAGAUUGAAAGGAGGAGAGGCGGGGGUGAGGAGGGCAGGAUUGAUGAAUGUGAUAGCGAUGGACUUCUUUGAUCAGAACAACUUGGGAGCGGAUUUGACUAGCUUGAUGGUUCAGGCCAACUUUCAGUAG